GCCCGCCUCCGUCGCCCGGCGGGCGGGCCGCCCUUCGCGCUCCAGGCCGGGCCGCGCCGACGCCGGCCCCCUCGCUGCAUGGCCGCCCGGCCAGCGCCACUCGCUCCCCGGAGCCACGGCUUGAAAGGACGAUGUCGGAGGUCCGCCGGGACAGCACCAGCAGUUUGCAGAGGAAGAAACCCCCCUGGCUGAGGCUGGACAUUCCUGCCCCGACGGUGUUGGCCGAGGAGCCGGCCAUGGCGCAGCCCCCCAAGCACCGGGCCUUCCUCCGCAGCGUCAGCAUGCCCACCGAACACACCCGCUUCCCCUCCCCCUUCGGCGACCUGCGGCGCCCCGUCCUCCAGCGACACACCUCCAUCACCCAGACCAUCCGGAGGCAGGUCCGCUUUGAGAUGACUCAGACUUUGCCCGUUCAGGGGCGCCAGGUGGGCAGGAGGCCCCCGAGGAGGCACCAGUCUCUGCCCAAAACGGUCUUCAGGGGCACGGCCGACUGGUUUGGCGUCAGCAAGGAGAGCGACGCCACGCAGAAGUGGCAGCGCAAGAGCCUUCGCCACUGCAGCCUGCGCUACGGGAAGCUGAAGCCCCAGGUCAUCCGAGAAAUGGACCUUCCCAGCCAGGACAACAUCUCCCUGGCCAGCGCAGAGACACCGCCUCCCCUCUAUGUGCCGCCCUGCCAGCUGGGCAUGCAGAGGAUCAUCGACCCCCUGGCCCGAGGACGGGCCUUCCGGAUGGCCGAGGACAGCGACGGCUGCAGCGUGCCCCACACGCCGGCCACGCCAGGGGCCAUGUCGCUCUGUUCCUUCACCAGCUCCCGGUCAGGCUUCAACCGGUGGCCGCGGCGGAGGAAGAGGGAGUCAGUGGCCAAGAUGAGCUUCCGAGCCGCAGCAGCCCUGGUGAAGGGCCGGUCGGUGCGGGACAGCAACUUGCACCAGGCUCAGCAACGCAGCUUCACCCCGGCCAGCUUCCUGGAGGAAGACACGGGGGAUUUCCCAGAGGAGCUGGACACUUCCUUCUUUGCUCGGGAAGGGGUCCUGCACGAAGAGCUCUCCACGUACCCCGACGAUGUCUUUGAGUCGCCCUCGGAAAGCGCCAUCAAGGACGCCGAAGCGAAGUUGCCGCAGCCGCAGCCGGAACCCGGCCUCACUGGGGGGGCGCUGGACAGAACCGAGCUGGAGAGGAGUCACCUGAUGCUCCCCCUGGAGCGCGGCUGGCGGAAGCAGAAGGACGGGGCGCAGGUGGGGCAGCCCAAGGUUCGCCUGCGGCAGGAGGUGGUGAGCCUGGGCCUCCAGCGGCGGGGGCAGCGCAUCCGGGUUCCCGUCCGGAAACUCUUUGCCAAGGAGAAGCGCCCCUACGGGCUGGGCAUGGUGGGCCGGCUGACCAACCGGACGUAUCGCAGGCGGAUCGACAGCUUCGUCAAGCAGCAGAUCGAGGACAUGGAUGACCACCGGCCGUUCUUCACCUACUGGCUCACCUUUGUCCAUUCGCUCAUCACCAUCCUGGCUGUCUCCAUCUACGGAAUUGCCCCUGUGGGGUUUUCACAGCACGAGACGGUGGAUUCGGUCUUGAGAAACCGCGGGGUCUACGAGAACGUGAAGUAUGUGCAGCAGGAGAACUUCUGGAUCGGCCCCAGUUCGGAAGCCCUCAUCCACCUGGGCGCAAAGUUUUCCCCUUGCAUGCGGCAGGACCAGCAGGUGCACAGCUUCAUCCGCGCUGCCCGCCAGAAGGAGAAGCACUCGGCCUGCUGCGUGCGCAACGACAAGUCGGGCUGCGUGCAGACGGCUGCGGAGGAGUGUUCGUCCACCCUGGCCGUGUGGGUGAAAUGGCCGGGGCACCCCAGCGCCCCUCUGCUGGCAGGACACAAGCGGCAGUUUGGCUCGGUCUGUCACCAGGACCCCAGGGUCUGUGAACAGCCAGCCUCCAUGGACCCCCACAAGUGGCCGGAUGACAUCACCAAGUGGCCGAUCUGCACCAAGAACAGCGCUGGCAACUACACGAACCACCCGCACAUGGACUGCGUCAUCACGGGGCGCCCCUGCUGCAUUGGCACCAAGGGAAGGUGUGAGAUCACAUCUCGAGAAUACUGCACCUUCAUGCACGGCUACUUCCACGAGGAGGCCACCCUCUGCUCCCAGGUGCACUGCAUGGAUGACGUCUGUGGGCUCCUGCCCUUCCUCAACCCAGAGGUCCCAGACCAGGUGUACCGUCUGUGGCUGUCGCUGUUCCUCCAUGCAGGCAGGAUCCUGCACUGCUUGGUGUCAGUGUGCUUCCAGAUGACCAUUCUGCGAGACCUGGAGAAGCUGGCUGGCUGGCACCGCAUCUCCAUCAUCUACCUGCUGAGCGGAAUCACGGGCAACCUGGCCAGUGCCAUCUUCCUGCCCUACAGAGCUGAGGUGGGCCCUGCGGGCUCCCAGUUUGGCAUCCUGGCCUGCCUCUUUGUGGAGCUCUUCCAGAGCUGGCAGAUCCUGGCGCGUCCCUGGAGGGCCUUCUUCAAGCUGCUGGCCGUGGUGCUCUUCCUCUUUGCCUUCGGCCUGCUGCCCUGGAUCGACAACUUUGCCCACGUGGGCGGCUUCGUCAGCGGCCUCUUCCUCUCCUUCGCCUUCCUGCCCUACAUCAGCUUUGGCAAGUUUGACCUGUACCGCAAGCGCUGCCAGAUCAUCGUCUUCCAGCUGGUCUUUGCGGGGCUGCUGUCUGGGCUGGUGGUCCUCUUCUACUUCUCCCCCAUCCGCUGCGAGUGGUGCGAGUUCCUCACCUGCAUCCCUUUCACGGACAAGUUCUGUGAGAAGUACGACCUGGACGCGCAGCUCCACUGAGCGGGGGGGGGGGACCCCUCCCCAACUCCCCAGCGCACUUAAUUUAAACUCUUGCUGCUUCUUGCACCCGAGCUGCCUUAGCCCAGAGGAACGGAGACUCGUUUGCUGCAACCGGAACCUCUCGCCGCUGUGCCUUGUUUUCCGGAAACCUCUUUCCUGCUGCCCUGUUUUUAUGACGCUCCCUUUCAAAAUGGCCUUUUUAACGGGAUUUGUUACUUGUUGCCCAGGCGGUGAUUAAAACACACAGGUAGCGUUUUAGCUACAUUUCCAAAA